AUGACGCCGAUGUCCGAAAACCGCGUGAUCGCUCCUAGUAAGAAUCCCGAAGAGAGCCUCUCCGAGAAGGAUACUCGUCUUCGCACAAUCAUGGCGGAGUACAACUUCGACGUGUCCUCCCUCCCCUCCCUGGAAGUUCUGCGCGAGGAGCGUGUCCGUCUGAUAGAGGAAAUCCGGCAUCACAAAGACGAGCAGGACUCGCUGUCGCUGGAUAUUGAGGGCUUGGAGGGUGCGGCCGAACUUUACAACACCGCCGCUCGCGUUCAGCGUCUCGAGAACUUCGUUGCUGAGGGCUCUGUGUAUGUCGAGAAGGUGCUGCCCGGCGAGAUCGAACGAUUCUUGGAGGAUGACCGGAGGCGCUCUGACGAGGAGGUCGCUGCGUACGCCCAAGAGCUGGAUUCCAGGCGUGAGAGGAUCUUGCAAAAAGCUUCCGCUGCUAAGGAGCGCACCACGAAGCUGGCCAAUAGGCAGGCCUCCAAACACGUGGAUCCGGAGCUGGACGACGGCAUCGAGAACACCAUCGCACAUGUGGAUGGGAACGUGGGCCAGAUAGAGUUGUUAAGCGAUAAGGUCAAGAAGUUCCGCACGCUGAAGAGUAAGUUGCUUGCCGAGUUGGCACGCGAAAAGAAGGACUCCGCUGGGAUGGAAAAGAACCUCAACAUUCAGAUCAAGAAUGCCGAGCUCAGCAACGCCCGUGAUGCGCGUCUGUCUAAGGAGCUCAAUGCGAGCAAUGCCAGUCUCACGGCAAACGUGCAGCUGCUGAUGAAUCAGCUGAAUGUGGAGCACUACGGCAUCGACAACGUUCCAACGAACGCGCAGCUGGAGGAGGGGUACAGGAAUCGAAUGCUCAUGCUGGAGGCAACUCCUGUGAACGCCCGGGAAAGCGUGCCCGAGCCGGAGCUCCCUGUGUAUGAGUCAUUGAACAACGGUGAUGGGGUGGAAAGCGGCCCGCGUUCGCGCGGCUCACAACCCUUGCCAACUCCACUGAGGAGGAUGGAGUCUCAGGGCAGUCGCCGCAGUGGGCCCAUGCAGCAGGUCCCGCGGAUGCCGAGUGAGAGGGUCAACCCAACUCCGAAAGAGAUGCGAAAUGGCUCACGCCAUGGUAGCAUGAGUCUGCCAAGGAUCUCUGAAAAGCCUGUGGAAUCCGUGCACAGUCAUUCAAACACAGAGGAAAACGUUCCUAAGGCUGGCGUGGUAUACUAA